GUCGACUCGGCUAUCCUCCUCCCCGCCCGUGCCACAGUAAUCUCCGCCGCAAUGCAGCGCCUCUCCCUCGGAUCGCCACCCGCGAGGCCUUGUGCCCUUGAAGAGGAGCCCGAGGACGAGAAGGCGGCGAAGGCGUUGGUCAGGGAGCCCGUGCCGGACAAGUCCAUCCACUUCAUCCCCGUCCUCACGCUCCUCUGUUUUCUCGUCCUCUUCCUCCUCUCCCGCGACCCAUCCUCCUCCGCUGUCACCGAUUUGCCGGUUCUGGCCGCCGCCACUCGCUCCCUCGAGGUCACAGGUGGGUCGGAGGCGACAGGGCGCAGGAGUGGGGGCGUGUACCGGCGGCUCAAGGAGGAGGACGCGACGCAACCACAAGGCCGCGGGCGUGGGCGGAGGCUAGGGAUGGGUCAGCGGGGGAGGUGAUGAUGUCAGCAUAGGUAGCCGUUGGAGCGAAGAUAACGACGAAGACGAUGCGGCGGAGGAGCGAGCGUCACCUUUCCAUCUUUUUCCUUCCCUGUUUUGGCACUCGAAGGUGUAAGUCAGAAUGGCAGUGGUGCCAUCGUCAUCUUCUUUGGAUUCGUUCAGCAUGUUGCACCGACUCCAAGC